AUGUCUCGUGCUGCUGCUAGCACCAGUAAUAUUAUUGAUAACAACGCUUCUGAAGAUGAAUUCAUUAUUUCUGAUGACCAUGAUUCCUUGAAUUCACAAUACUUUGUUAAUUUUGUACGCAACAAACAUAAAGAGACAAUUAUUGAUCAUAUGAUUGAUAAUGAUGAUAUGGACGAAGAAGAUUUAUUUGUAAUACAAGAGGAGAAUAGUACUACGGAUUCUGAGUAUGAACCAAGUUCAGAAACAACUCAUAAGCGAAGUAAAAAAAGUAGGGCAGAAGGGAGGGCAAAAAAUGCCAACAAACGAAUGAAAAAAGGCAAAGAAAUCGAAUCAAAUAAAGGCAAAGAAAUUGAAUCAAAUAAAAUACCAACUCUUCUGGAACCACCAAUAUUUGAGCCCAUGGAAAAUAUUUAUGAACUUCACAAAAGUUAUACUACACUACCGCCUGAAAUGGAACGUGGUACUAUUAGUCCACUUAUAUUGUUCUGUCUAUUUUUUUCUGAUUAUUAUCUAAAAUUGAUUGUUAAUCAUACUAAUGAAUAUGAAAAAAUUAAACGAGUAGAAGGGUCUAAAGGUGCUACAAAUACAAAAACUGCAAACAAGGAUUUUAGAAUUACUAUUGUAUGGGAUUUAAUUCAGGAAGCUUUGGAUGAUGAAAGUAAUAGAAAUAAAAGAAUAACUCGAAGUCAAUUAAUACAAAAAAAUAUAUCAAAAUCACCUCCAAAAUCUAAGCGAAUUGCUUAUGUUACUCAAAAUUUUAAUUUACCUGUAAGCCGGUUUUUACCAGGAAAUCAUUUAGUUGAGUAG